AUGGCCGCCAAGAAUGAAUACGCGGAGCACACCGAGGAACCAGUUAAAGGUUCAAAUGCACCAUCAGGACACGUAGAAGGAAAUGCGCUCCUCGUAGAUGCCCAUGGGAAUAUCAGACGUCUUCCCAUUCCUUCGAGUAACCCCAACGACCCUCUUAACUGGAAGCCAUGGCAGAAAUGGGCAGUUAUUGGGACAUGUUGCUGGUUCUCUAUCAUGGGCUUGGCAUUGAUUGGUGGCCUGGGACCAAUCUUGGGGAUCUUCUUCCAACUCUACGGCCCACAGGGAUAUGGCCCAUCUGAAAUUGCAUUUCUCCUUACUCUGCCAUCUCUUUGUGUUGGCCUCGGCAAUUUUAUUAUCCUUCCAGUAGCACUAGCAUAUGGCCGGCGUCCGGUCUUCUUAAUCUCGACCGUUGUCCUUCUCGCCGCCACAAUAGGCUCAGCGGCCCAAAAUAGUUACAAUGGCCAUCUAGCGAGCCGUGUCAUGCAAGGCAUAGCAACUGGUGCUUCUGAGUCUCUGCUACCGCUGAUGCUUACCGAGGUUACCUUUCUCCAUGAGCGCGGGCGUGUCUUUGGCUUAUACUGGACCGUCCAGAAUGUCCUCAGUAGUACGAUAGGCUUGACCAGUAGUUACGAGGCUGCAGCCCUUGGCUGGAGAUGGUUCUAUUGGGUGUUCGCUAUACUGGUUGGCGUGGGCCUGAUCCUUGCCUUCCUAUUCGGAUUUGAAACUCGCUUCCAGAGGCCAGUUGUCAGUCUCGAUGGAAGGGCUGUCAUGACAGAUGACUUUGGGGUCACGCAUGUUGUUCCAGACAGCGAGGCUCAAGAGUAUCUCGAGCGCCAUGGUAUUGAAGAUCAGCGAGGAGACGAGGCUUGCGUACCGCUGAAGAGUUAUGCUCAGAUGUUGAAACCAUGGGGCAGCUCCCAUAAGACCCCGGGACAGAUCAUGUUGUUAUCUUUGCUGCGUAUGGCUCAGAGCAUGACCUCUCCUGCUAUUCUCUUCACUGUUCUUGCUAGCUCAAUCACCCUCGCUUGCGUGGUGGAUGUCUCACUUACCUACGAUGCCGUUCUUCAGCAAUAUGGAUGGGAUCCCAAAGACAUUGGACUCAUCAAUCUUGGGGGUAUCAUCGGCGGUUUGCUCGGUGCUGCAUACUGUACCUUGCUGGGCGAACCCUUCAUUAUAUGGAUGGCCAGACGGAAUCAUGGGAUUCACAAGCCGGAGCACAGACUGAUCGUCUUGAUGCCUGUUGCUAUCCUCGGAUUUUCAAUGCUUAUCCUAUACGGGUUCAUGGCAACAGCGGCAUUCGAAGGUGGCGGUUCAUACUGGGGAAUCCUUGUUAGUUGGACGCUCUUCCAAGUGACAUUUACCAGUGUCCUCAUUGUCACAACCACGUUCGCUGCUGAGGCCAGUCCUAAGCAUCCAGGACCAGCUCUUGUUAUGGUUAUUGGAACAAAGAAUAUUGUGUCAUUUGGUGUUGCUUACGGACUAACGGACAUGGUGCAACACGGAGGUUACACAUGGACCUUUGGGGUACUGGCUGGCAUCUUUGGUGCUAUUUUCAUCCUGGGAAUCCCUAUCUACAUGCUUAACCCGAAAUGGAGAAGAUAUGCUACGAGGGCUGAGGAGAAGAGGGGUAUUACUACUACCGACUAA